AUGAGCGCCUCCUCUUGGGUCCCUCCCGCUCCGGGCAGCAUCCCACCUCCACCCAGACCUCCCUUCACUGAUCAGCACACGCUGAGCAACCUGGCAGACAUUCGCACACUGAACCUUCAUCUGGAAUGGCAUGUGGAUUGGGAUGCCAAACUAAUCUCUGGCAGUGCUGCCCACGAGCUGGAGGUGAUUGGGGAGAAGGGAACGGAUAGGCUCGUGCUGGAUACGAGCUACAUCGACAUUCACAAGGUGGAGGUGGAAGGAAGGGAGACGAAGGAUUGGCACCUGGCUCCGCGCAAAGGCUCGCUGGGAGCUGCGCUGACCGUACCGCUCGGCAAAGUGUGGAGCCAAGGAAGCAAGGGCAGGGUGGUGGUGCACUACAGCACUACGGAUCAAUGCACCGCUCUCGGCUGGCUCACCGCCGCUCAGACCGAAGGCAAGAAGAGCCCUUUGGUCUUCUCUCAGGCUCAAGCAAUUCACGCCAGAUCCCUCGUGCCGAUUCAAGACACUCCGAGCCACAAGAUCAAGUACACUGCAAGAGUCAAAUCCAAGAUCCCAAUCCUCAUGUCCGCCUUGCCUGCUGGCUCCGUUCAGGCGUCCGAGGAUCACCCUGGAGACCCCCUGGCUGCAGAGAGCCAAGGCUUGUCAGACGAUGAGGAGAAAUACUACGUAUUCAAGCAGCCCGUUGGCAUCCCUUCGUAUCUCAUUGGAAUUGUAGGUGGAGACUUUGUCUUCAGGUCGCUGGGGCCGCGCUGCGGAGUUUGGGCUGAGCCUCCCAUGGCGGAUAGAGCAGAGUGGGAGUUCAAAUCCACGACGCACAAAUACCUCUUGGCAGCUGAAGAGCUCAUCUCCCCCUACUCGUGGACGCGAUUCGACAGCGUGGUGCUGCCUCCCAGCUUUCCUUAUGGCGGAAUGGAGCAGCCCAACCUGGUCCUGCUCACCCCUACGCUCGUGUGCGGAGACAGAUCGCAAUGCGACGUCGUUCUACACGAACUUUCCCACUUUUGGAGCGGCAACUUGACAAGCUGCGCUACGUGGGCAGACUUUUGGCUAAAUGAGGGCAUCAAUGUGUGGAUCGAGCGUCUCAUCUUGCAAAAGAUACAUGGGCCGGAAGUGGGUCCUGCUUAUCGCGGCCUCAGGUGAGUGAGAGCUGGCCGCGUCCUAAUCGCAUGUGGUGAUGCGUCGCGGUCACAUCGCUGAGACGGCUUUUGGUCUUCGCGCGUGUGACAUCAGCUACCUCAUCGGCGAGAAGGAACUCGGAGGCGCCUACAAGGAGUUUGAUGCCACCCCACGAUUCAAGCGACUGGUUCCCAAGUAUUCUGGCAAUGAGGAUCCCGACGACGCAUUCUCACGCAUUCCCUACGAAGCAGGCUCUAACCUCAUCCUCUACUUGGAAAGGCUAGUGGGAGGUCUGGACAUUUUCAUUCCUUUCAUCCGAUCCUGGUUCGCAACAUUUUACGAUCGAUCGGUCACCACUGGCGAGUUUAGGCAACACCUCGCGGACUUUUUUGCGGGCAAUGAGCACGUGACGAACAAGCUGAAAGAGGUGGAUUGGGAUGCCUGGCUCAACAGCGAGAGCGGCAAAUUGCCUGUCCAACAGACCUACGACGAUCGAUUCGCCAAGCAGUCGUACGCGCUUGCGGACAGGUGGCUCAAGGUGAUCAAGGAGGGCGGCAAAGCGGAAGGCUUCAGCAAAAAGGACAUCGAGGGAUGGUCUGUCGAUCAACAGGUCGUCUUUCUGGAGCAGCUGCACCUCGGACCCAAAGUCAAAGCGUCCAUUGCCGAACAGCUGGACCAGACGUAUCAAUUCAGUCAAGCACAAUGCGGGGAAAUUCUCCUCUCCUUCUUCGUCAUCGCUUUGGAAGAUCCAGCGACGCAGUAUGCCAAGCAAUGCGCAGAAUGGGUCAAGACGGUUGGCAGGAUGAAGUAUGCCAGGCAACUCUACAGAGCCUUGUACGCUGUCGAUCCCGACUUUGCGCGAAAAACCUUCGAGGAGUCCAAGAGCUUCUACCACCCAAUUUGCCGGAACCUGCUCAGACAAGAUCUCAAGCUUGCACCCGUAGCAUGA